GUAUUUAAGCGCAUCUUCGAUUGUGUGAGCGUGUUUGGUGACGUCAUUAGACGUGCGGGCUGCGUUUGGAAGAAGCCCCGCCUACUUGGCCAGGUGAAUGGACGCUAUUUAAUGAAUGAGCACAAGAAACUUUUCAAGCACUAGUUGCCACUUCUUUGUCUAGAAUACAUUUUCUAAAGAGGAAAGCAACAACAUGGUUUCAAAACUAGAAGAUGCCAUGGAAGGCCUGAUUAAAGUGUUCCACACAUACUCCUCCAAAGAAGGAGACAAGUACAAGCUAAGCAAAGCUGAGCUCAAGAGCUUGCUUCAGGGAGAACUCAGUGACUUUUUAGCUGCAAGUAAAGACCCCAUGGUUGUGGAGAAGAUCAUGUCUGAUUUGGAUGAAAACCGGGAUGGAGAGGUGGACUUUCAGGAGUUUGUUGUGCUGGUGGCUGCUCUCACAGUGGCGUGUAAUGAGUUCUUUGAAGAGAGCAUGAAGCAUUAAUUGUCUUCCAUGUCUCUCUUCAGUUGUGUGAUAACAUUUACAAAAUGUAAUUUAUCAGAAAUAAAGACUCCAGUGACUUA